AUGAGCUGCGUUAGGUACUACGCAAUCGCAUUGGCACUGUUGUGUCUCUUGCUGACGGUACAGUUAAGUUCAACUCAACGCUGUGGAAAAAGAAAGGUUGUGAACUUCCUUAUUGUGAACGGUAAAGAAUCAAAGGAUGGUUAUUGGCCUUGGCAUGCCGCGAUAUUUCACCACAAUUAUCUCACUUCCGUUUACGCAUGUGGUGGAACAAUUCUGUCCCAGAAUGCAGUUUUAACGGCGGCUCACUGUGUAAUGACAACGAAUGGGAUUAUUGCGCGAAAACGAGUUAUAGUGCAAGUUGGGCGAAAUCGUCUCGGUGUAGCUACCAAACGAGUAGAAGAACACGAAGCGUUCGAAUUGAUCGUACAUCCGGGUUACAACGGGAACGAUUUUCAACACGAUAUCGCUUUGAUAAAGCUUGCUACUGAUAUCACCUACACCAACUACAUACAACCAAUUUGCUUGUGGAAUCGUGGCGAAGAUCUGCACACGAUCAUUGGUUCCUGGGGUACGGUGAUCGGAUUCGGUUUAGAUGAGAACGAUACUGUUUCCCAAACGUUGCGUGAAGCUAGCGUUCUUGUUGUUAGCCAUAUUGCCUGCAUCGAAAGCAACAGAGAAGUGUUUUCCCAUGCGCUGACCUCGAAUAUGUUAUGCGCUGGAAAUCGCGAUGGAAUCAGUGCGUGUAACGGUGAUAGUGGAGGAGGUUUAUUCUUCAACUACAAUGAUGUCUGGUUCAUUCGCGGAAUGGUGUCUUUCACGAAGCCUCGUCAGCAUGGGAAUAAUUGUGAUCCGAAGGAAUACACCGCGUUUACCGAUGUGGCAAAGUACUUGAAAUGGAUCGAGCAACACAUUCCUGAAACGAGUGAACAACAGAGGGUGGCAGAGAACGAUAGCAGUACAAAAAUCGGAUUGCUACCAAUGUCUACCUGUGGUGCCAAUACGCGGAAAACUAGGGACGAAUCAUCCAAACCGGUUCUGCUCGGUUAUCCUUGGAUGGGUCUGAUGCAAGGCAAGAUCGCUCCAAGCAAGCGAGAUUACGACAUAGCACUUAUUCGACUGCGAGACCGUGCAGACACUAGUCAGAGCAAUGUGAAGCCUAUUUGUCUACCAGUGACGAGUGAGCUACGUUCCCCGCAUGAACCCUACUACAUAGUGACUUUAUGGUAUCAAUAUUGGUUGGAAAAAGAUAAUGACCAUAAACUCGAAAGGUCGCUGCACGAGGUUAUCGAAUUGUCCAAAUGCCAGAAGCAGUACAAAGCAAACAUGAUCGAUAUAACGGCACACCAUAUAUGUGUGGAUCAAAACCAGGAACCAUGCAACCUGCCGUUUCCCUCGGCUCCACUACAGCUUCUGCAGCGAGUACAAGGAGAAUAUCGUUACGUUCUGCAUGGAAUAUCAUCAUUCAGAAUGCCUUGCCAUGGGUUGCUACCGGAAGUGUACAUCAAUGUGGCUCACUUCGUAGAUUGGAUUCUAGACAAUAUUGAGGUGUAA